UGUCGCUCAUCACUGCCGGCGUCGAACGGUCAUAUUACUUGCGAAAAUAAUUGAAAGCCAAACGAGUAAGCCAGUUGUCGCAUAAAUUUAAGUGCAGUCGAAAAGGCGUAGUUGUGAUAAAAAGCAGUAGCACAGCUAGUGCAGUUUUCCCUUCCGCUCAGCGAUCGCCUAAAUGGUCACCAUGGAGAACAGCGACGAGAUUCUACAGAUCCUGGAGCGCUUCACGGAUCUCAAGCAAAAGGAGAUCCCAAAGGAGCUGGAGGACUACUUGCAAUAUGUGGCCAAAACCGGGGACACCAUCUUCAAGUGGUCCAGCCUGAAGUACUUGUUCCGCGAGAAGCUGCUCAGCGUGAUCAAGCACUUUAAUGAGGAUUCGCCGCGCUUGGAGGAGAUUCCCAACUAUCCGAAUGUGGAUCCUUUCAACUAUGAGACCAUGAAGUCCUCGUUGCUGGAGCGCCUGGACCUCUUCAAUGCUGCUCCUUUCACCGUGCAGCGUUUGUGCGAGCUCCUUAUCGAUCCUCGCAAGCAGUACUCGCGCAUCGAUAAGUUUAUGCGUGCUUUGGAGAAGAAUAUUUUAGUGGUUAGUACCAUCGAUCCGGGACGCAAGCGUACCGAAAGUGAGAAUGGCGACUCGCUGGACUCUGUGGUCAACGGGGAUCUCUCCAUGGAGGUGAACAUCGACAUUGAAAUGGAAAAUAAUAAUGGCAACGCCGAUGAGGGCUCUGCUCCCAGCGCCGGCUCGGCAGGUGGUGCCCAGAAGGCCAGCUGCCCGCGAUCGGACGACAAUGUGCAGCCCAAGGCCAAGAAGGCAAAACUGGAGAUCGAUGGGGAAGAGCGUUCGGAGGCGACUGAUGAACCGGACGCAGAAGUGGCUGCCAAGGCCAAAAAGGAUAAAGAGGAUAAGAGUGAAAACGAUGAGACUGAUUCGCCGCAGGAGGCUGCCGAGAUCGAGGAGCCCGAUGAGGAGGUUGAUGAUGCCGAUCAGGAUGCCAAGACCACCAAGCAGCCUGUUAACGGCAGUAAGAAGGAGGACGAACAGGAGGAAACUUUCCCAGCAUCCGCCGAUGACGAGGCAGAGGAACCAAUGCUGAGUAAAUCUCCAGAAACUGAAAAGGAACCAGCUCAGGAAAAGAAGGGUGAGGAGGAUAAAAAGGUGGCGGCCGAGCCAGAGGAAGAGAUUGUAAAGAAAGAAGAGGUCGUCGAGUCCGACAAAUCGGACGAAAAGGUGGCACAGUCAGCCGAAAAGGAAGCUGUCGAAAAAUCUACACCGCCUGCUGAGGGCGAAAAUCAGGAGCCUGCCAAAGCCAAGGCAGAAAACGAGAAGGAGGAGAAAAAACAAGCACCAAUUGCAGCUGAGAAACAGGACGAAAUCGAAGCUACUGAGACUGACUCUGCAACACCAGCAGAAAAGGCCGCUGAAGAUAAGAUAGCUUCUUCCGAAUCCAAACCGAAGACCAAAUCUGAGGCCAAUCCUGAGGCCGAGACCAAGAAGAGCCAACCCGAAAAGACUGAAACUGAGCCGGCCGAGAAGCCGGUUUCGAAGGAAAAGGAGGCUGCCGAGCCGACAGCAGAGACCGAGAAGAAGAAGGACGACUUGACCACUUCCGAAACCACCGAGGCAGUCAAGGAACCAGUCGAGAAGUCGCCGGUUGUGGAUGCUUCCAGUCCCGCUGUCGAAGAUCUGGCAGCAGCCACCACACCGCAAUCUCCUUUAGGCGCCGCCGAUUCGGCUGCCGAAACGCCGCCCGCCGAGGCAGCCGACGACUCACAGGCAUCGCCCUUGACCGCCGCCGCCGCUGUAACUCCACCUAUCCUGGCCCUCAACGACCAGCCCAUGGAGGACACUCCGGCCGAGGAGGAGGCACGCGUCUCGCCAUCGGCCGCCGUCGAAGAGGUGGUCAUGGCCGAAAGCGGCAGUGCCGCCGAAAUGGCCACCGAAGAGGCCGCCAAGGACGAGCCGGCUGCCAUGGAGGUUGAUGACACCAGCCAGGAGGUGAUGAUCCAGUAGAUUGUGCCCAUUCAGGAGCCCAAAAAACACCUACAUUCAACUACUACUCCAUAUAACUAGCAUUUUAAGACAAGCGCCCCCAUUCCGCAAGUAAUGCAGAUGUAAUCCUGCCCGCGCUGCCUUUGCAGAAUAAUUCUGGUUCAAAACGGACCACUUCUCAGCAAAGGCAAGCGGUGGUAGCUCCCCUUUCAUAGCCGUAAGUCGCAGCCCUGACAUGAUCCAACUCUAGACUCUGUUGACUGUUCCGCGUUUCACACUCUGUGACCCACUCGUUGGCCGCCCCCUAGUUUUGUAUUUAUAUUUUGUCCCUGACUAACGACAAGUCCGAGUAUCUCAACCCCCUCGUCAUUUCCCCAUUUUUUUGAAAUAAUCUAGUUGUAGACGCUGUCCGUGGCACGAACUUCGGCUAGCUGUGAGCGAUUAAACACACAAUAAACACUACUCAUAAUAAUAA